GUUGUGGGUGGGAUAGAUAUUUAAAUGACACAGACAGACUGAGGACACACAACAUGUUGCUGCUCAGGGCCCCGUGUUUGGGGCUGCUCCUAUUUCAGCUCUCUGGGACGCUGGAGGCAAAGCUGCAUUAUGCUGUGAUCUUCCCCUCGGAGAUGAGCUGCCAUAGUUCUGAACAAGCCUGUGUGCACCUCAGUGGAGUGGAGGAAGACAUCAGGAUACAGGUUACCUUGAACAUGGCCCAACGUAACACAACGGUGAUAGAGAAGAACCUCCAGCAGAAAUCCUUCUUCAGCUGUGUUACAUUUGAGGUGCCUCCCCCCUCCGAAGGGAAUGAAGAAGUGGCCACCAUGGAAAUUCUUAUUGAGGCUGCAGGGGAGACCAUAACCAACAGCAGCAAAGUUCUUGUGAGGAGGAGAAGAACCAGAACUUUCAUCCAGACGGACAAAGCUGUUUAUAAACCAGGACAAACAGUUCAAUUCCGAGUUGUUUCGCUGAAAGAAAAUCUACAACCAGGAGAGAAUCAGCUUCCACUCAUUGAAUUACAGGAUCCAGAAAAGAACCGUAUCGCCCAGUGGCUGAAUGUGAAUCUCAAGCAGGGAAUCACUGAACUCUCAUUUCCACUGACCCCUCAACCUACUUUGGGGCAAUACUCCAUUCGUGUGGGGGACACUGAGCAUUACUUUAGUGUGGAUGAAUAUGUCCUUCCUAAAUUCGAGGUCACCUUCCAGUUCCCCAAGGUGGUUCUUUUUAACAGUGAACAAUUCCAGCUUAAAAUAUGUGGCAGGUACACAUAUGGCAAGCGCGUGCAAGGGACAUAUAAGGCUAAAGUAUGCCGUUAUGCCAAACGAUUGUACGGGUUGCCUAAAAAUCGUUUCGACCUGUGUGUUGAUUUCAGUGGGAAGCUGGAACCUUCUGGGUGUUCCACAUUAAAAGUGAACUCGGUUAACUUCAGUCUUGCCUACUACACUCAUCAAAUGAGCCUAGAGGGAACAUCUACUAUUACAGAGGAAGGGACAGGAGUGGAAUACUCUGGAAGUGGUAAAACCAUAAUUUCAGCUGUAGUCAUGAGCUGUAGUUUCCUGGAUGCCGACACUAAUUACAAGCCUGGGAUUCCAUACAGCGGGACAAUAAAGGUGGUCGAUGCCAAUGAUGAUCCCAUCCCAAACCAGACAGUCUAUUUAACCAGUCGCCCUAAAAAAGUAAAUGAGACCUUGGUGUCGGAUGAGAAAGGACUCGUAUCCUUCCAGUUGGAGAACACAGCAGAGUGGGAGGGAGAGAUGCAGCUUACGGCCAGUACAAAAAGGCAUGACCCUGGAUCUCCGUACCUUCAGGGUGGACUUAUUAAUCCUGAUCAUUAUUUGAUUUCAUCUCUCGACCUAAUACCCUUCCACUCCAGCAGCAAGAGUUUCCUGAAACUGCACUCCCUGCAGGGGGAGCUCCCAUGUGAGGGGCAACGAGAUGUCCAAGUGGAGUAUUUUAUCCAAAACUCUGAACUGGGGAUGGAUGCAAAGCACAUGGAGCUACACUACCUGAUUGCUUCUAAAGGGCUUAUAAAGGAUUCAGGAUCUCUGGAAGUGCCCGUCACAAAUGAGGGUGAAGUCCUGAGGGGUCGGGUCUCCAUCAGACUUACACUUAGUGUCGACGUCUCUCCAACUCUCCGCGCUCUUGUGUUCUGUUUCCUUCCCAAUGGAGAAUUAGUGGCCGAUUCUGCAACAUUCAAACUGCAAAGAUGCUUCAAGAAUAAAGUAACAGUUGGGUUCUCCCCAGAUGAAGUUCUACCAGGAUCAGAUGUUUCUCUACAGGUUCAGGCAGCUGCCGGGUCCCUCUGUGGCCUGAGAGUGGUGGAUAAGAGUGUGGUGCUAAUGAAACCCAAGGAAGAACUGACAGCUGAUAAGAUUCACAAUCUUUUUCCUUUCCCUGAUCAUGGGGGGUAUGACACUCGGGUCCAAGAUGGCGAUGAUGAUUGUACCAAUGAAUGGUACACGCCUCUCUACGAUUAUGUUGAUGUGUACAGCCUAUUUAAGGACAUGCGCCUUAAGAUUGUCAGUAAUGCGGAGAUGAAGAAGUCUUUGACCUGCCAUCUUGAAUAUACUGAGCUUAUGUUCUUUGGUUAUGGUUCAUACGAUGUGGGAAUGCCAAGCUUAGAAAGACUGAAGAAUGAAAUCACUAAAUCAGCUGCUCAUAAAAUUCGGGCGUAUUUCCCAGAGACCUGGAUCUGGCAGUUAGUAUUUGUGGGUGAUAAUGGAAAGACAGAGCUCCAUCGUUCAGCCCCAGACACCAUCACAGACUGGAAUGCUGGAGCUUUCUGUAUGGGACCCAGUGGAUUUGGCAUCUCCCCACCAACCUCCCUUCGAGUCUUCCAGCCCUUCUUUGUGGAGCUCACUCUGCCGUACUCUGUGGUGCGAGGAGAGUCUUUCACUCUCAAGGCCUCUGUCUUUAAUUACCUGAAGCAGUGUAUAAAGGUUCAGACCACCCUACUGCCAUCACUAGAACUAGAGGAGGAACCAUGUACUGACUGUCAGUAUAGCAGCUGUGUCUGUGCAGAGGAAAGCAAGACCUUCUACUGGAACCUUAAAGCCUCUAACCUGGGAGAGGUGAACAUCACUGUGAGGACGGAGGCUCUGAACACUCAGGACAUGUGCAAUAAUGAGAUUCCUCUUGUGCCCAAGCAGGGGAACUCAGACACUGUGAUUAAGCCACUGCUGGUGCAGCCCGGGGGGAUCCUAGUAGAGAAAUCUCAUGGCUCUCUGAUCUGCAGCCAAGAGGGAGAAGACCAUUCUAAGACAGAGGAGAUAUCGUUGAAAGUUCCCGAGAAUAUCCUGAAGGAUUCCGAGAGAGCUUAUGUAUCAGCACUGGGAGACCUGAUGGGAACAGCCCUGCAGAACCUGGACCGUCUCCUGGCCAUGCCGUAUGGAUGCGGGGAGCAGAACAUGAUUCUUUUUGCCCCCAAUAUCUUCAUUUUACAGUAUCUGGAAAAUACUCACCAACUGAGCCCUGAGAUCCAGAGCAAAGCUAAAAGGUUCCUUGAAAGAGGGUACCAACGACAACUGACGUACAAACGUAACGAUGGAUCAUACAGUGCAUUUGGGUCAAGGGACCCUGAAGGAAACACAUGGCUGACUGCAUUUGUAGUGAAGUCCUUCAACAAGGCUCGUCCCUACAUCUUCAUAGAUGGUGACCAUCUAAAGCAAUCUUUCUCUUGGCUGAAGAACAAUCGCAAUAGAAGAGGCUGCUUCCGGAGUGUGGGGAAACUCUUCAAUAAUGAUCUGAAGGGUGGAGUGGAUGAUGAAAUAUCUCUCAAUGCUUAUGUCACCAUUGCUCUAAUGGAAGCAGGUCUGGAGAAAGAGGACCGAAUGGUUAGGGAUGCUUUAUCCUGUCUGAGGAAGGCUGCCAAAAAUGUGAGCAGUGUCUACACCCAGGCUCUGCUGGCCUACACUUUCACUCUGAGUGGCCAUACUAAACUUAGGAAGAUGCUGCUGGCCAAACUGGAGGAGAAGGCUGUCAGGAAUGAUGGACAACUACACUGGGAGAGGAAACCUGCCUCUGCAACCUCUGACCUCCCAUACUGGUCCCGGGCUCCCUCGGCCGAGGUGGAGUUGACCUCCUAUGUACUGCUGGCCCUGCUCUCUGGCCCCAACAAGGACCUGGACAAAGCUUUUGAGAUAGUCAACUGGCUGAGCAAGCAGCAAAAUCCUUAUGGGGGAUUUUCUUCUACUCAGGACACAGUUGUAGCUCUACAGGCUCUUGCUAAGUAUGCCGAGGCCACAUUCACUGACAAGGGAGAUGUAACAGUCACAGUCAGUUCCAAGACUGGAUUCCAUCAACAGUUCCAUGUGGAUCACACUAACCGCCUCCUGCUACAAAAAUCCUCACUGUCAGAUAUCCCUGGGGAGUUCUCUGUGUCAGUCACUGGGAGCGGCUGUGUGUAUGUACAGACUGUUCUGAGAUACAACAUUCCCCCACCUAGAAGUGAUGCCACCUUCUCAGUACGAGUGGAGACACCAACCCCAUGUUCCCUGGUUCCAAUAAUGAGCAUAGACAUUUAUAUUGAAUACACAGGGUCACGGGAGAAAUCCAACAUGGCUCUGGUUGAGGUUAAGAUGCUCUCUGGCUUUAUCCCAAUGAAGAGCUCAGUAAAGCAGCUAGUGAGUAGCAAAAAGAUACAGCGGAGUGAGAUCCAAACUGAUAUGGUGACAUUGUACCUGAAUGAGGUAGGACAUGAUUCAGUUCACCUCACAUUUAUGGUGGAACAAGACAUUGUAGUGAAGGACCUUAAGCCGGCCACAGUGAAAGUCUAUGAUUAUUAUGAGACAGCGGAACAUGCCGUUACCGAGUACAACUCCCCAUGCAGCUCAGAUGAUGAGACAAGAUCUAGAUGAGCCUCGGUAUAUCAGAGAUCAAUAACAGAUUUCUGCAGCCAAACACAAACCAUCGCAGAGAUAUUUCACAAUAAAAUAAAUUCUGCAUGGGGGUCUUCUUUCCUAUGUUUAAAAGGGAUUCUGUCAUGAUUUUUAUGAUGUAGUUUUUUAUUUCUAAAUGACACUGUUUACACUGCAAAUAAUUC